AUGGAUCAUCAUCUAACCAACUUGACAAUGACAACAAACGUACAUACUAUGGUCACUGAGGCCCACGACAUGACUACCAAGGCCUUUACUGAUGUCAAAGCACCCGUCGAAGUUCCCAAUGGAACUAUCAAUAAAUCCCAACCCGGGCCCAAGUUUCGCAGCAAGUACCGUCAUGUUGCGGCUUUGCAUUCCAAGGUGCAACCAUCCUGCCUGAGCCAUGAGACGCCAGAGACACCGAGCUUCAUCGGAUUUCGCAACCUCAUGGUUCUGACGAUUAUUGUCAUGAAUCUACGUCUGGUCGUGGAAAAUGCUAAAAAGUACGGUCUCCUGAUCACACUCAAGUCGAACCUGCGCAGUCAAGACAUCAAGACUGCGCUGGUUCUCUACGCUCUCACUCCGUGUCAUCUAUUUGUCGCCUACAUCAUUGAGCGAGUCGCAAUGGAAAACGCCAAAGGAGUUGUUGGAAGGCGAAAAAAGACUGACCCGGACGGGAAAACACCCGAGACCGAGAAAGAGAAGAAGGAUUUUUAUUAUACUUGGUGGUGGAUUGCAGUUGCACAUACCUUGAAUGCCUCACUGGCGUUAUUGAUCACCAGCUCUGUGGUGUACUACCAUAUCCACAAUCCCGGUCUGGGCAUGAUCAGCGAACUUCAUGCCAUUGUCGUUUGGCUGAAGACUUGCUCUUAUGCAUUCACCAAUCGAGAUCUUCGACAUGCUAUGCUGCAUCCGGGGGGUCCUGAAUCAGCUUUGCCCGAGAUCUACUCUAAAUGCCCCUAUCCCAGGAAUAUCUCUCUGGGCAAUUUAUGUUACUUCUGGUGGGCUCCAACACUGGUUUAUCAACCAUGCUAUCCACGGACCGAGAGAGUAAGAUGGUCGUUUUUCUUCAAACGCUUGGGGGAAGUGGUCGCUCUGAGUGUAUUUAUUUGGCUCACCUGUGCGCAAUAUGCGGUCCCCGUUUUACACAAUUCUCUUGGGGGAAUGGCUGUGCUUGACUUCUCCGCCAUUGCAGAGCGAUUGAUGAAACUUUCCACCAUAUCCUUGAUUGUUUGGUUGGCUGGAUUCUUUGCCUUGUUCCAGUCCUUCUUGAAUGCUUUGGCGGAAAUCAUGAUGUUCGGGGAUCGGGUGUUCUACGAAGACUGGUGGAACAGCACAAGUUUGAAGAUGUAUUGGUCUACCUGGAACAAACCGGUCUACCACUUCAUGCGCAGACACAUCUAUUCUCCACUGUUGGGCCGGGGAUGGUCACACCAAGCAGCCAGUGCCUGGGUAUUCGUGUUCUCCGGAUUCCUCCACGAGCUGGCUGUGGGUGUACCUUCUCACAGUAUUCUUGGUGUCGCUUUCCUUGGAAUGGUCCUUCAGCUACCUUUGAUCCAGUGUACAGAACCAUUGGCCAAGAAAGAAGGAACUGGCAAAGUCAUUGGUAAUUGUAUAUUUUGGAUCAAUUUUGUGUUUGUGGGACAGCCUUUGGCGGCCAUGAUCUACUUCUUCUCAUGGCAAGCCAAAUAUGGGAAUUUGAGCGAAAUCGGUACUAGUAAUUGGGCUGCAAAAUGGUAG